UAAAUUCUUUGACAUGUUUUGUUCAAAUUUAGUAGGUAUUUGCUUGGCCUGUGCGAAACUGUGACUUAUUUAUAACAAUUUCCAUUCGACCACUAGAUCCAGAUGGGAAAUUGCUGUCAGUCAAUCCAGGCAUACUGCUACAAUGUCGUUAAAACAUAUCGUGAAGAGUGUGGUCCUCUAACUAUUUCGUACAUGGUACCGGUAUUAAGAGAGGGUCACGACAAUAAGGGACCCAUACCGGUUAUUCCUGUUCAAAACGCCAAUGAGAUAAAGCCAAUAAUUUACAAAGACUAUUAUGAAAUUGACCAGUUCUUAGCGUUUCCUUUGGCCAUAUUUGAGUCCUAUGAUAACCGGAGCAUAGCAAUGGCGUUAAGUUUUGAUGAUCCAGUUUAUGAAACGUGCGUAUUGGUAAAAGAGGGAUUGGUAUACGUUAGAGACGACGGUUGUGGGCCAGUGCUUAGUAAGGUAAAUAUGAAAACGAGAGCAAACGUAAGAGUGGUACCUCUCUAUCGACAUAUGAAACGUAUUAACCAAAUGACGGACGUCAUAAGCACUGUCGCUAUUGCUUCUGAAUUACAACGACAGAAAUACCAAGAAGAGGAGAAAGAAUCUCUUUUGAAGCGUCUGAGGCAAAUUGAAGAGGAAAAUUGAAAGCGGUUGAUUGACAAAGUAAUCCUUGUGGUGAAAUUAAAACGGCGUCACAGAAGGCCUAGAAAUGAUAGGUCAGUUCUAGUUUACAGCUCUCUUCAGAACCUAUAAGUAAUUAAUAAACGUUCAUUGACCCAGUGUGAGUAGUGAGUACAUUAUAAAUAAACAUCUUCUAAUGAGUGAAUAAAGAGACUAAUCUAACUAUCUUUUAAAAGAAAUUAUUUCAAAAGAAGAAAGGAAAAAAAAAAGAAAGAAAAAAAAAGAAAAAAAUUUGGAAUAUAUUUUUUUAAAAGAGAUAUUCAUUUAUACAUUAAUAAAUAAUUGGUUUCCAUUACCGUAGAUGUUGGUUCCUGGUAUGUGUAAUAAUUUUCAAUUAGUAGAAAAACUUUAGAAACUAUUAACUUUUUCCACUAGUAAUUAUAAUUGAAAACGCUAGUAAGUAUAAUUGAAUUUAUUCCACUAAUUUCGAGGUUCUGAAUGAAGAAUUCGAGUAAAAAGAAUAAAAAAUAAAUAAAAAAAACUAUACUGACGAUCAGAAGCCAACUGACAUGUCAUCGACAGAUAUUGUAUAGGGUAAAUAGGUAUUAUUAUUGUGUAGGGUGGU